CCCCCCUACGAUGGCCUCUAUUCCGAAGAUGCUUCUCUUACCGACAACGAUUCUCGCCCUGGUCGCAGAAGUGGCGGCAAAUCAACCAUUGGCCACUGCUAUCAAGAAACAGUUGCCAGACGCCAACGAAAAGUUAUUUCCUGACCACCUAGCUUUUGAGCCGCUCCCAGCGUUGAACCCGUUCGAGACGACCGUCCCCACGAACCUUUGGCUUGAUGACCAAGAGGAUAAAGAUGCCAGCUCCAGCAAUUUGACGAAGCGAUACCAUCCCGCCUUCGCAUACCACUUUCAAGAAGCUGAAGAGGACUUGCUGAAACGGGCCGCAGAUGUCUUGGCGAUUCUCCAGAACAGGGCGGCAUGUCCCUCGGGAACAGAGAGUUGCUCAGGCAUUGGCUCCCCAGAUAAAUGCUGCGCGGAUGGGUCAUACUGCACAAACGUAUCCGAUUCCGACGCUGAGCAAAUUGCAUGUUGUCCCAAUGGCGCUACCUGCGGAGGAGGCGUUGGUGCCUGUCCCUCAAAUGCUGUGAGCUGCCCAUCCGCGCUUGGUGGCGGCUGCUGUAUUCCGGGAUAUGUCUGCGUAGGCGUUGGAUGCGUUCCUAGUGCUGCAGCAUCUAGCUUUCCGUCGUCAACGGCACCGCCGCCUCAAACCACGCCCCCGACUCAUUCAACCGCCGCAACAGCCACAGGCCCUGGAACCGAGACCGCAACGGGAGCGCCGCCAUACAGACCGACAGACGCUACUUCCACCUCUUCUACUUCCACUUCAACCUCCUCGGCGCCCAUGACAACCCAGUCAGGCGAAACUCAAAGUGGCUGUCCAACCGGCUUCUAUGGUUGCCUGGCCACUCAUGGAGGCGGUUGCUGCCGCACCGACCGCGAUUGCCAGACGUUCUCCUGCCCGGCGUCAUCCUCGACAAUCAUCUCCCAUGGCGUCACCGUGGUUGUCCCUGCAGACGACGUGCCCACCGCGACGGCAUCGGAUAAGUGUGCAGGCGGCUGGUUCUUGUGUGGAAAGGAUGCAGGAUCCGUGGCUGGAUGCUGUCCCAGCGGGUACAAAUGCGGCACAGCAAGCUGCUUCACUUCUGCUGCCUCAGAGACCAACUCCGUACAGAAGCAAGAGCCGGAAGCUCCAAGUAAGAAUGCAGCUUCUUCGGCUGUUUUGAGCAGCAGCCUGCUGGUUAUGGGUGGCAUCACUGGAUCGCUCCUCCUUCUCUUGGGUGCAUUAUAGUGAUGGAAUGAGAGGGGGGUUAGUUCUCUUUUGUUUCUACUGCUACUUAUUCGGCAUGUAACGAGCCAUACGGCGUAACGGAUAUAUGACUGUUUCUUUAUUUAAUGUUGAUCUACCUUUAUAGAUGUACUAGAUUAAUGGCAACAUUGGUU